AUGCCCCGGUGGAGGCCGCUCGCCCUCGUCCUGCUCGGCCUCGCCGCCUGCCUGCUGGCCGCGCCGGUGCUGGGCUGCGGCCCGGGCCGGGGCCCGGUGGGGCGGCGGCGGCUGGGGCGGCGGCAGCUCUCGCCGCUGCUCUACAAGCAGUUCGUGCCCAACGUGCCCGAGCAGACGCUGGGGGCGAGCGGGAAGGCGGAGGGCAAAGUGCUGCGGGGCUCGGAGCGCUUCAGGGACCUGGUGCCCAACUACAACCCCGACAUCAUCUUCAAGGACGAGGAGAACACGGGGGCGGAUCGGCUCAUGACCGAGCGCUGCAAGGAGCGGGUGAACUCUCUGGCCAUCGCGGUGAUGAACAUGUGGCCGGGGGUGAAGCUGCGGGUGACAGAGGGCUGGGACGAGGACGGGCACCACCUCCCCGACUCGCUGCACUACGAGGGCCGGGCGCUGGACAUCACCACGUCCGACCGGGAUCGCCACAAGUACGGCAUGCUGGCCCGCCUGGCCGUGGAGGCCGGCUUCGACUGGGUCUACUACGAGUCCAAGGCACACAUCCACGUCUCUGUCAAAGCAGACAACUCGCUGGCCAUCCGCACCGGCGGCUGCUUCCCCGGCCACGCCACCGUGACGCUGCAGAGCGGCGAGCGCCGGGGCCUGGCCGACCUGCGCCGGGGCGACUGGGUGCUGGGCGCCGAGCCGGGCGGGCGCCUGGUGCCCACCGAGGUGCUGCUCUUCCUCGACCGGGACCUGGGCCAGCGCGCCUCCUUUGUGGCCAUCGAGACGGCCGGCCCGGCGCGCCGGCUGCUCCUCACCCCGUCCCACCUGGUCUUCGCCGCCCGCGGGGCCGCCAACGGCUCCGCCGCCUUCCUGCCCGUCUUCGCCCGCCGCGUGCGCCCCGGCGACGCCGUGCUGGCCCACGGGGCCGGCGGGCGGGGGCUGCGCCCCGCGCGGGUGCUGAGGGUCUCGCGGGAGGACGGCGUGGGGGUCUUCGCCCCGCUCACCUCCCACGGGACCCUGCUGGUCAACGGGGUGCUGGCGUCCUGCUACGCCGUCCUGGAGAGCCACCGCUGGGCCCACCGCGCCUUCGCCCCGCUGCGCCUCUUCCACGGGCUCCUCUCGCUGCUGCCCGCCCGCGCCCAGGCGGGCAACGGGACGGUGCCCGAGGUGGGCAUGCACUGGUACUCCCGCCUGCUCUACCGGCUGGCCGGGGGCGUGCUGGGCCACGAGGCCCUGCAGCUCUAGGGGUCCCCGUUCCCCCCCGGUCACCACACUGCAGGUGAUGCCGCGCGCUGGAAGCGAGGGGGCUCCGGCCCUGGGCACCCCUCGGGCCCAGGGAGGAGGGACAGGGGGCACCCCCAGCCAAGUGAGAGGUUGGGGGUCUCUGGGCUCAGCGCUGUCCCGGGGUGUGGGGUGGUAGGGGUGGGAUCCAUGGGAUGGGGUGUCACGGGGUGGUGCAGGGACCGGGUUCAGCCCUGUCCUGUGUCCUGGACCCCCACCCAGCCCUGUCCCCGUGCCCCAGACCCCUGUGUGCUCCCCUGGUAUUUAUUGCUUUAUUAACCACUGCUGGGGCCGGGGCUGGUGUCUGUCAGGCACCACCAGACCCCACCCCAGGGCCAAAUCCAGCCGGGAGGGUGGUGGCAAAAUAGCUCAACACCGAGCACUUGGCAGCACUUCCUGCCUGUCCCCCAGCUCUGGGUCUGUCCCUGGCACCCAGAGUGUCCCCAGGGUGGCUGGACCGGGUGUCUGCUGUGGGGACGGGGUGCCUGCCAUGGGCACAGGCAUCCCAUGCCAGGCCUGGCUCUAACUGUGCUAACUGCUAACCCGCCCUGCUUGAGAGUUUUAUUUUUCUAUUUAUAAAUGGUAAUAUAAAUGUCCCCCAUGCCCACCUGCCCUGGCACUGGGGCUCACCCCGUGGGGCAGGAGGGUAGCCUGCUUUUAACCACUUCUGUUUAAAAACCAAAAGAAAUACUGCUAUUUAAUUGUUCGGGGAAAUAAAGAGACUCUACGG